AUGCCGUCGUUUUUCUGUCUUCCGAUGGCUUGUAGUCGACAAAUCGAUGUUUUGGAUCGAAGUCAGUCGAAUUUACAAAGUGUUCCACAUGAUAUUGAUCGAUUUCGAGGAUUGGAAGAAUUAUUAUUAGCAAUGAAUAAUAUUAAAGAUCUUCCAAAACAAGUAUUUCGAUUACAUCGACUACGAAUUCUUGAUGUUUCGGAUAAUGAAUUGGCUGUUUUACCUCCAGAAAUUGGAAAUUUAACGUUGCUCAAUGAAUUGAAUCUUAAUCGAAAUGCUAUUACUGAUAUUCCCGAGCAGCUGAAAAAUUGCAAACAAUUGAUUAACUUGAAUUUGAAUGGUAAUCCAUUUACUCGACUUCCUGAAAGUAUUUGUGAAUGUACAUCAAUUGUUACGCUAUCUUUAAAUGAUACAACUCUCACAGCUUUGCCAGCAAAUCUUGGAGAAUUGGUUAAUCUACGAGUUUUAGAGGUAAUUAUUUAAAAAAAAACGAACAUUUCCCUCACUUUCAAAUUGUUCUAGGCUCGCGAAAAUCAUCUUCGUAUGGUUCCAUCAUCGAUUGUUAAUUUGCAUCAUUUGGAAGAGCUCGAUUUGGGCCAAAAUGAUAUUGAAGAAUUGCCACGCGAUUUUGGAAAAAUGACGAAUUUACGCGAACUUUUUAUUGAUAUGAAUGGAUUGAUGCAAUUGCCUGAUAGUAUUUCGGAUUGUAAGAAAUUGGAUUUGUUGGGUGAGUUUUAUUUUUGAGAAUUUCAAGUUUUCAAAACUCAAUAAAAUCGAAAAAAGAAAGUUCAUGUUUUUUUUUUCGAAUUUUGGAAUAAAACGUUUUUAGGAAAAUUAAAAAAAAAAGUUACAGUAUCUCCCGGGUUUCCGUAUAAUGAAUAAAGUUUCGAUUCACAUCAGGGACUACGAAUAAUUUUUUAGGUUAUUUAUUUUGUUCUUAUUAGAGAACAUUUCAAAACUCUAAUCUACUUAUAUAUUAUUUCCCGAGGUGUCCUUCCGCGGUGCAAAAAGAAUGAACACGUUUUUAUUCAGAAAAAAAUCAAGGUCACGGACCUUAUCUGAUCAAUCAUUUUUAAUAUUUAGAGAGGAUUAUUUUAAUCAUUUCUUAAUGUUUCCUUAUUCCAAAGUAGUUGAUGUACCAAUUUAUGAGCGUGAGUCAGGUUACUGUAGACUUUUAUAUCAGUAUUCGAAGUUUCAGAUAUUGAAUUACUUUCUCGAUUAAAAGAAGAUAAUAGUUAUCUUUGAUAUGAAUUCGUAAUCCUAAUGUGAGUUUUAUUAUAGUAUGAUUUUAGUUUUGUAUAGUUUUAGGCAUACUUGAAGUUGUAACUUCCAAAUUCUCCCGAUUUUUUCCAUCUGAAACAUUUCUUUCUUGCAUCAAAAGCUUCAAAAGUUUUUUUUAAGAACCAGAAUGGUUUCCAAAAAUCACAUAUACCUGAUUUUAGAAUAAAACAAUUUACUUACUCAUCAAAAUUUUGAAACUUUUUAUGAAUUUUGAGUCUAUAAACUUGAAAAAUCCAUUUUCAGCCCAAUUUUUCAAAAAAAUAGUUGGCGAUAGAUUUCUCUGCGCAGAAAAAAUUGGAGCUAGAUUAUCUAUGGUCAUUUUUAGAAAAGCUAAUGUACACUGAAAGCUAGAGGACAUAUAUUUUUUUGAAAGUCAUAUUUCUAUGGUUCACUUAAAAAUUGGCACUUUGUGAAAUUGAUCUCAAAGUUUAAAUUUUAUGGGUCGAAAUUUUUGUCCGAUCUACAGUUCUGAAGUUUCAAUCAUCUAGAUUUUUUGAUAACUUGGCAUUCUCAAACAGUGAGCCUACAUUAAUCAUAAUACAAAGAAAUGAAGUUUUGUGAACAAGAAAAGUGUAUACUUGAAUCAUAUCUGAAGUUCUAGAAUCAACAUUUUUUGAAGUUUAUUGGAACCUAAGCAUAAAUAAAAUGUUCACUUUCAUUUUUUUUGUCAGUUUAAGUUUCAUAGUCAAAUAUUUCAAGUCUUUUCUCGAUGUUUUUCUUCUCCUAAUCGGACUAUGAGAAAAAGAAAAAGUAACCAAGUCAACCUACUGUAGAUAAUUUAAAAAGCUGCAGUUUUCAGAAAUUGGCUAAUUAAUUUGACCAGAAGAAAAAUUAUUUAACUAAAUUGAUAAUCUUGAGUUUUGAUGUGUUUUUCUGGUUCUUUUAUAAUCUAUUUAAAAUAAGAAGCUUCUCUAGAUUUCAGUGUUUUUGACAAUGUUUCAUGUUGCGGAUCAGAUUAAAAAAUUUAAUGCUUUUUUUGGAUUUUUAUUAUCAAACUAAUUCAAAAUAAGAAAAAUCAACUGAUGUGAACACACCUCAGCCAAAAUCGUGGUUUCCACAAUAAAAAAAUGUACGCUGACUUUUUACAGUACAAAAAUUAUGAAUUUUUCAGUUUUUGUCCUCUGAAAAUUAGAAUUUUUCAAUUUUUGACCUCUAAAAGCUGAAAUUCAGAUUUUUCCAAAAAUUGUACUCUGGUCAGCCACGGCUUGGCCGAGGUGUGGAUGUGAAUAAAAAAUCGGAUCAUAGAACUUUUUUCAAAUUAAAAUGUAGUUUCCAGAAAAAUCAAAACACAUUUUUAUCUCCUAUUUCUUUUAAAAUGGCUAUAUUCUGAAAAGUUCGGGAAAACAGGAAAUGAAAGCUGAAACAAAUAACUAAAUAGCCGUAAAAACACCUCAAAACUCAUUUCCAACUGGUGAGCACAGCAUUUCGUGACCAUAUUCCAAUCCUAAACGUGUAUACUGUUUUCGAGAAUCGAAUCAUUAAAAAAUAUCACAUCUACUGAUCACUACGCGCGAAGCCGGAGUUUUUUCUUUAAUCUUCGGUAUUUGUGAAAAAAAAUUUCGUUUUCGAUUUUUUUAGAGAAUACUAACAUUCAAUUAUUGCUGUGAGGAUUUUGAGAUUUGUUCGUAACUACUAUAUUUUGUAAGGCUGGAUUGACUCAAAAAUUGUCAACUGAAAUUAAUAAAAUCAAAUUUCGGAAAUCGCAAGGUAUGAACACAUGAACAAGCCGAAGAAAUUACAAGGGUUAAAUAUCAAAUGGUUAUAUGCCAGAGGUUGUACAUAUGACCCUAAAUUUUUGAUUAUUUUAUGUUUUUUUUUUCAUUAAAAUAUUCUAAAAAAAUGCUAGGAGUGUGACAAGGCAGCCGAAGGCUGCCUGUAACGGUUCGCAGCCGCAGGCUGCGUAACACAAGAAUUUUGCCGCCGGAGGCGGCUAUAAAUUCUUGUAUAUUUUAUUCCACACAAAUGAGCCAUUUCAAACAAAGCUCGAUUAAUUGAAAAUAAAAUUCACGUGAACGUGACCCCGUUCUCCACAUCAUUAUAGAUGGCUCAUUAUAAAUAAAUCCCUCAUUUCUUAAAAACCCACCAACUCUCAAAUUUCUAGAUGUCUCCGAAAAUCAAAUCCAAGUUCUUCCACACGAAAUCGGCAACAUGGAAAGUCUAUCCGAUUUGAAUAUCUCGCAAAACGUCAUUCAAGAAUUGCCCACCUCAAUUGGCCGUCUUCGAAAAUUGACAAUGUUGAAAGCGGAUCGCAAUUCAAUUCAUACACUAACUCCCGAAAUUGGAAAAUGCGAAUCAUUGACAGAAUUGUAUUUGACUAACAAUUUAUUAUCGGUGAGUUGGCAACACAAAAAAAAGAACGCAGCUGGACUUUUUUCAAUAAAAAAAUAUAUAAACAUAUGGGUUGCUAUUUAUUGAUCAAUUUUUGUGUUAUUGCAGGACAUUCCAACUUCGAUUGGAGAUUUGAAGAAACUAACAACUUUGAAUGUAGAUAGAAAUCAAUUGACAGAUUUGCCGGAUACUGUAAGUGUUGACUUAAAUAAUUGAAGGAAUAGUUCGAUAAAAUAAUUAUUUUGUAGAUCGGAGGCUGUCACCAAUUAUCUGUUUUAUCUGCUCGUCAAAAUUCCCUCAUCGAAUUGCCAAUGUCAAUCGGAAAAUGUGAAAAUCUCACAGUUCUCGAUGUCGCUGCCAACAAACUAUCAAAUCUUCCAUUCACCAUCAAUGUUCUCUAUAAACUUCAAGCUCUUUGGCUCAGCGAAAACCAAACGCAAUCAAUUUUGAAGUUGACACAAGAAAGAGACAACAGAACAGGAAUCAAAGUUUUGACUUGUUAUUUGCUGCCACAAUAUAAUGCAGCAUUGGAUGGAAACGGGGAUAAUGAGGAUAGAAGUGGAUCAAAUGCGGCAAAUCGAUCAUUUUUGGGCGGUCCAAAAGUUCAUUUUCAUGAUCAGGAUAGCACUUUGGAAGAGGAUAAGAUUCAAUUGGGACAAUUUGAAAGACACAAUACACCACAUCCGAAAAAUCCAAAGAUUAAAAAGUCGUCGAUUGAUGGACAUGUUAUCCCGCAUGAUGUGAGUUUUUUGUUUUCGAGAAAUUGGGAUUUUCAAAUUUUCAAAAAAGUUUUUGAUAUAUUUUAAUCAAAUUUUUGAAAUUAUUCGAAUUAGUUUGCUUUUUUUAAAUCCCGUUCAGAAUUGAAAAUACCUUGAAUUUGACUUUUGAAACAAUGUGAUAUUUUUUCAGACUGAACCACAGCCUCGUCAAUUCUCUCUAAAUCAUCAAAAAUCUUCAACAUCUUCAUUUGUUGGAUCUUCUUCAAUGAAUUCAAUAAACGUGGCGGAUGAUAUCAGGUUCAUAGAUUCGUCGUGAGUGUCUUAUUCACCUUGUGUUUUAUUUUCAUCUCACCUUCACCUAAUGUUGUGUGGUGUUUUUAUUUUCUAAAUAUCAAAAUAUUUCUUUUUUCCUAAAAAAACAACCAUUUUUUUCCACAGAUUCUCAAACGGAAAGCCUGAAAAUGCGCGAUCUCCUGAUUCCGCCUCAGAAGCCCGAAAUUCGAUAUCAAAUCUAUCACUAUCUGCAUCGAAUCCGAAUAUGAAGAAAAUAGUGAUUCGACGAGACUCGAGUGGAAUACUCGGGUUGACGUUUGCCGGAGGAACUGAAAAUGGACCAGCCCCAGGAUCCAAAGGAGAUGUUGGACUUUUCGUGACAAAAAUCACAGCAGGAAGCGCGGCUGAGAAAUAUGGAUUGCGAGAGGGAGAUAAAUUGAUUAGGUGAGUGAUUUUUGGAGAGGGAUUGGACAUUUUGAUGAAUUCUUGGGGAUGUGUUCUCAGAAUUCUUAAGGUAAAGAAGUAAAAAGACAACAUUUUAAAUCUGAAAAAAAAACAGACAUUUUCAAAUUCUUUAAACGCAAGAUUUGAUCUGAAAAUUUUGGGAAUAUCUUUGAAAAAUCGAAAAUUCGAAACUCACAAAGCAAACAAGAUUAUCAUUAUUCAUCCAACGAACGUUCAAAAACUGGAAAUUAUGAGACACAAUUAAAAAUCCAGAUACAACUUUGGAUUUAAAACAGAAUCGGAAACAUAAUCAACGUAUCCAAAAAAUAGAAAAGUUGUGGGAAAAAUAAAAUAAUAAAAACAUAUCAAAAAGCGAGAGUGAAAAAAAUCUUCUUGAAAAUAUACAUUUCGAAUUGGUAUAACAAUUUAACCAGAAAUAACAAACAUACUACUUCCAAAAAAAAGGCUUGCUAAAUUUUGUUCCAAAUUUUCUCGAAAAGGUAAUUUUCUUAUUUCAUACACGGUAUUUCCAGAGUAAAUGACAGAAAUGUGGUAAAUGCCUCACAAGUCGAUGCAAUGAGUGCGAUCAAUUCAUCCAGUGAUUUGGUGGAACUUGUGGUUUUAAGGCGAACUCCAUCACCGGUUCCGAGAAAGGUGUGAGUCCUCUUGGUAAUUUUCAUCAAUAUUAUCCCAAUAAUCUUAUAGGAAUUGAUGUUUGGUGGAAGUUCUCAGCAACUUACAGCAUCAUCUUCAACGGGUUCCUCAUCUCCAGAAGCUCAAAUCUCUGCCACGGAAACUUUUAUUGGCGGCGGAAGUUUGACUAAUUACGGACAAACUAUACUAACUUAA